AUGGCUUGCACCUUCAGAAGGUCAAUCGCUGCUCAGCUUUCCAGGGUAUUAGAUCUUCCACCAGAAAACUUGAUAAAGUCAAUAUCUGCAAUUCCAGUUUCCAGGAAAGAAGGAGUAGCUGAUUUUCAGCUUUCUUUGGAGUCUUUAUUGGAAAAUAAUAAUGACCACUUGAGGCCAGAUAUUCAUGAUCAAGCCACGAGACUAGCAGCAAAGCUGAAAUGUGAUACAGUAGUGAGUGAAAUCAGCACUGGUCAUGGAACCGUGAAUUUCAAAGUAAACAGAGAACUCUUAACGAAGACAGUGUUAAAACAGGUACUUGAAGAUGACUCACAAUAUGGACUAAAAAGUGAGCUUUUCUGUGGUCUCUCGCAGAAGAAGGUGGUGGUUGAAUUCAGUUCACCUAAUGUUGCCAAAAAAUUUCAUGUUGGACAUUUACGUUCUACCAUCAUUGGAAAUUUUAUAGCAAAUCUCAAAGAAGCUUUAGGACAUCAAGUAACAAGAAUAAAUUACCUUGGAGACUGGGGCAUGCAAUUUGGUCUUUUGGGAACUGGCUUCCAGCUGUUCGGUUAUGAAGAAAAACUCCAGUCUAAUCCUUUACAGCAUCUUUUUGACGUUUAUGUGCAAGCUAACAAAGAAGCAGCAGAUGAUAAAAAUGUGGCAGCAUCAGCACAGGAGUACUUUCAGCGAUUGGAACUGGGAGACGCACAGGCACUUUCACUCUGGCAGAGAUUUCGGGACUUGAGCAUUGAGGAGUACAUUCGGAUUUACAAGCGCCUUGGAAUACACUUUGAUGAAUACUCAGGAGAAUCAUUUUAUCGUGAAAAAUCUCAAGAAGUCUUAAAAUCACUGAACAGUAAAGGACUUCUACAGAAAACAAUGAAAGGAACAGCUGUAGUGGAUCUCUCUGGAGAAGGUGACCCCUCUUCAGUCUGUACUGUAAUGCGAAGUGAUGGGACUUCUCUUUAUGCAACCAGAGAUCUUGCAGCUGCUAUAGAUCGAAUGGACAAGUAUAAUUUUGAUACAAUGAUUUAUGUGACAGAUAAAGGGCAAAGAAAGCAUUUUCAGCAAGUGUUCCAGAUGCUAAAGAUCAUGGGGUAUGACUGGGCAGAAAGGUGCCAGCAUGUGCCCUUUGGAGUAGUGCAGGGAAUGAAGACUCGGAGAGGAGCUGUUACUUUUCUCGAAGAUGUUUUAAAUGAAAUUCAGUUCAGGAUGCUGCAGAACAUGGCUGCCAUCAAAACAACUAAAGAACUUGAGGACCCACAGGAGACUGCUGAGAGGGUUGGGCUGGCAGCACUCAUCAUUCAGGACUUCAGAGGUUUACUCUUGUCUGACUACCAGUUCAGUUGGGACCGUGUUUUCCAGAGUCGUGGAGACACGGGAGUCUUUCUGCAGUACACCCAUGCCCGCCUGCACAGUUUGGAAGAGACUUUUGGGUCUGGCUUUCUGAAUGAUUCCAACACUGCUUGUUUAAAAGAACCGCAGUCUAUUUCAAUUCUCCAGCAUCUUCUCAGGUUCGAUGAGGUGCUUUAUAGAUCUUCUCAGGAUCUUCAACCCAGACACAUUGUCACUUACCUUCUAACUCUAAGUCAUCUUGCAGCUGUGGCACACAAAACACUGCAAAUAAAAGGCAGUCCUCCAGAAGUGGCCGGGGUCAGACUUCAUCUUUUCAAAGCUGUCCGUUCUGUCCUAAACAGUGGAAUGAAACUUCUUGGGAUAACACCUGUAUCUCGGAUGUAAUUUCUAAU